CCUGCCAUUCCUGCCGUGUCCGGAGGCCUCCGGGGCCAUCUCGCCGCGCUCGGAGAGGUGCGAAGAGAGAAAAUCCAGAUUUUCACGGGACUUGGGCCGUUUCUUGCAGUUUUUCUUCGUGUUUCUUCUUUUCCCCGUGCCCGCGGCUCCUCCUCUGCGCGGAGGGCGGAUGGUUCGGCGGCAACAUGGCCGCCACCAUGAAGAAGGCGGCUGCAGAAGACGUCAAUGUUACUUUUGAAGAUCAACAGAAAAUUAACAAGUUUGCAAGAAAUACCAGCAGGAUCACAGAGCUGAAAGAAGAAAUAGAAGUGAAAAAGAAACAGCUGCAGAACCUGGAGGAUGCCUGUGAUGACAUCAUGCUGCUGGAUGAUGCUGAUUCCCACCUGAUUCCCUACCAGAUUGGGGAUGUCUUCAUCAGUCAUUCCCUGGAGGAGACACAGGAGAUGCUGGAGGAGGCAAAGAGGAGUUUACAAGAGGAAAUUGAAGCGUUGGAAUCCCGAGUGGAGUCGAUCCAGAGGGUGUUGUCUGACCUCAAAGUUCAGCUCUAUGCAAAGUUUGGAAAUAACAUAAACCUGGAGGCUGAGGACAGUUAAAGCUUUUCUAAAUGCAACACCCAACUUCUCCUUAGGUUAUUAAAUGUUUUGAUAACAUUGCUGCAAUUACAUUUGAGAAAAGAAAAUCCAUCCCUUUCCUUUUUGUUGGUUUGGUGGUUUUUUUUUUUUACUUUCCUGUAAAGUUCUAUAUAUUUAAUAAGAACUUUCUUA